AUGCAGGAGCCCUGGAUUGCUCUCAAGGACGAAGAGAUCCAAAGGGUACGCGAACCGCAACGAAUGAAAGAGCUUUUUGCCGUAAUCAAGGCUGGCUACGGUCCCACAGCCAAAGGCACUGCUCCUCUUCUCAGCGCCAACGGAACCACCCUACUCACUAUGGAAACGCAAAUUCUGAAGCGAUGGGACGAGCACUUUAGAGGCGUCCUCAACCGUCCGUCUACCAUCUUUGACACCGCUAUCGCCCGUCUGCCUCAAAUGGAGACCAACGCCGACUUCGACCUCCCGUCCUCUCUCCACUAA